UUACAAGGUAUAGCGCUGACAGUGAGUAAGGGUGUGUGUGCAGGCUUUACAAAGGGACGGUUGAUUUUCUGUCCUCAUCGCUGGGUCUUGGGGGGAAAGCUUCAGAUCCGCGCAUUUUCAAAGUGGAUUCCUGUUUAUAAAGAAAAACUCACAUAGUCUGGCGAGAGGAAUCCGAGAUGCAGGACUGCAAUGGAGUGGAGAAUGGCUUCAUCAACGAUGAUGACCUGAAAGCCAUGCUGAAAGGUAGCAACCUACAGAAGAUCAAAUCCAGCUCCUGGAUGAAACCCCGGUUUUACAAGCUGCUCGAGGACUGUCGAACGGUGUGGUACGACUCGCAAAAAUUCCUGAAGUCGGCCAGGACCCAAAUCUUCUCAAUUGAUGACAUCCAGGAGUUGCGGCCUGGCCACCAGUCUGAGGGCAUGCAGAAGUUUGCCAUGGAGAUCCCCGCUGCCCGUUGCUUCACCAUCGUCUUCAAGGGCAGGAAGAAGAACCUGGAUCUCAUUGCCAGUGACGCAAAGGAAGCCAAACACUGGAUUGACGGCCUCAACAAGCUCAAGAAGAGAGAUUCCAAAAUGAACAAGAGAGAGCGUCUGGACCAAUGGUUUCAAAUUUAUCUUCAAAAGGCUGAUGUGAACAAAGACAAUAAAAUGACGCUGGAUGAAGUAAAACAGUUUCUGCGCAUGAUGAACAUUGAGGUGGAUGAUACAUAUGCAAAGGAGCUGUUUGCGAAAUGUGAUAAAUCAAUGGAUGGCGCAAUCCAUGGCAAAGAGAUUGAGGAGUUUUACGAGCUGGUGACAGAGCGUGAGGAGAUCAGCACCAUCUUCGAGGCCUACUGUGACAAGAACCGUCUCCUUGCAGUGGACAAGCUGACAGAGUUUCUGCGGAAGGAGCAAAGGGAGAACGUAAACCAGCAGUACGCAGCACAGCUCAUCCAAAAGUACGAACUCAAUGAGGAAGCAAGGUCUGAUUCCAUCAUGACCAAGGAUGGUUUUAUGUGCUAUCUGAUGUCACCAGCUGCUGACAUUUUCAACCAGGACCACAACAAAGUUCACCACGACAUGUCAAAACCACUCAAUCAAUAUUAUAUCUCGUCCUCCCACAACACCUACCUGACAAAAGACCAGCUUGAAGGACCCAGCAGCGUUGAGGCCUACAUCAGUGCCCUAAAUAAAGGCUGCCGCUGUGUGGAGUUGGACUGCUGGGAUGGACGAGAUGGAGAACCAGUCAUUUAUCACGGCUACACUCUCACCUCAAAAAUCCUCUUCAAGGACGUCAUCCAAGCAGUAAAGCAAUAUGCCUUUAAGACCUCUCCUUAUCCUGUCAUCCUGUCUCUGGAGAAUCACUGCAGCAUAGAGCAACAAGUUGCCAUGGCUCAGCACAUGAAAAGCAUCCUUGGCGACAUGCUGCUCACCAAGACAAUCGACGGCAAGGUCCCGGCCAACUUUCCCUCACCUCAGCAACUGAUGGGGAAGAUUCUGGUGAAAGGCAAGAGGCUGAAUCGCCUGGAAGCUGCCCAGGAGGCAGAUUCAAACGAUGAGGUUUCCGAUGAGGAUGAAGCCGCUGAACAAGACAGUGCAAACGAGCAAAAGGAAGUAAAAAAGAGUGGGAAGAUAAAGUUGGCCAAAGAACUCUCAGACAUGGUCAUCUACUGCAAGAGUGUCCACUUCAAUGGAUUUGAAGAUGCUGUAGAAAAUCAGGUUUUCUACGAGAUGUCAUCCUUUGUAGAAAACAAGUUCAAUAAACUGGUACAAGAAACGGCCAAGCCAUUUAUUGAACUGAACACCCGACAGCUGAGUAGGAUUUACCCAGCAGGACUGAGAACGGAUUCCUCCAACUACAAUCCCAUUGACAUGUGGAAUGCUGGCUGUCAGAUUGUGGCUCUAAACUUCCAGACCCCAGGGCAGGAGAUGGACGUCAACCAGGGGAAAUUUCUGGACAAUGGUUUCGCUGGUUACAAUCUGAAGCCAAAAUUUUUGAGAGAAAAGUCUGGCUUCGAUCCAAAGAACAUUCAGAAGGGUUCGUGGCUAAGUAAGAAGAAGCUCCAUGUAAUGGUUAUCUCUGCCCAGCAGCUUCCGAAAUCGAACAGGAUGAAACUGAAGUCUGUUGUGGAUCCUCUGGUGGUGGUGGAGGUUUUUGGAGUUGGUGAAGACAGUGAUUUGAAAGAAACAGAACACGUCUCCAACAAUGGAUUCAGCCCCAUGUGGAACACUACCUUCCAGUUUGACAUUAACAUCCCUGAGCUGACUCUUGUGCGGUUUGUGGUGCAGGACUACGACAUGUCAUCCAAGAAUGACUUUAUCGGACAGUUCACGCUGCCCUUCACAAGCUUGAAACUAGGCUAUCGACACAUUCACCUCCUGUCGGAGAGCGGAGACCCCCUUCCUUCGGCAUCACUGUUUGUCCACAUCAUGAUCGAGUAAAGCACUGGUAUCUGCUUCCAUCUAGACCCUGACUUCCAGACUGCAGCCUACAGGCCCGAAGUGGGGGAGAGCGAGAGAGGCAGGGUGGGGGGUUGAGCUAAAUGGAGAGAGAGAUUGGGCAAAUGGAGUGAGGGAGGGGGUGGAAAGUAGGAAAGUGUAGAAGGGUGUGACCAUAUGAGAGGGAUAUGUGAUGAUGAGAGUGGGGGGGCAAGGAGGGGGACAGGCGACAGUUUGCACAAAGACAAUCCUAGUAUCUGGUUUCUUUCCAGAGGACUGUGGGAGACUUCGAUGCUGCUGAGGCUUGUUUUGACCAAUACAAUUUCUGUCCCUUUUUUAACUUUUCUUUCUAAAAAAAAACGUAGUGUAUUUUAGUUCAAUCAUAAUCUACAGACACAGUGAAAGAGGGGUUACAUUCACUCAUCUGACAGUACCUGAUUUGCUUGGGGGAUAUUCUUUAUAAGACACUGUCUACAACUUACAUUUUAUCAAUUUUAUUAAAAGGACACAUGCUGCCCA